AUGGAUGGUACUGUAGCAGAAACAGUUGUACCACUUACUGAUGGUACUGUGGCAGAAACAGUUGUUCCACUUACUGAUGGUACUAUGGCAGAAACAGUUGUUCCACUUACUGAUGGUCCAGUGGCAGAGACAGUUGUUCCACCUACUGAUGGUACUGUGGCAGAUACAGUUGUUCCACUAACAGAUGGUCCAGUGGCAGAGACAGUUGUUCCACCUACUGAUGGUACUGUGGCAGAUACAGUUGUUCCACUUACUGAUGGUACUGUGGCAGAUACAGUUGUUCCACUUACUGAUGGUACUGUGGCAGAGACAAUUGUUCCACUUACUGAUGGUACUGUGGCAGAUACAGUUGUUCCACUAACAGAUGGUACUGUGGCAGAAACCGUUGUUCCACUAACAGAUGGUCCUGUGGCAGAAACAGUUGUACCACUUACAGAUGGUCCAGUGGCAGAGACAGUUGUUCCACCUACUGAUGGUACUGUGGCAGAUACAGUUGUUCCACUUACUGAUGGUACUGUGGCAGAGACAGUUGUUCCACUUACUGAUGGUACUGUGGCAGAAACAGUUGUUCCACUUACAGAUGGUCCACUGACAGAGACAGUUGUCCCACUUACAGAUGGUCCAGUGGCAGAGACAGUUGUUCCACCUACUGAUGGUACUGUUGCAGAUAAAGUUGUUCCACUAACUGAUGGUCCUGUGGCAGAUACAGUUGUUCCACUAACAGAUGGAACUGUAGCAGAAACAGUUGUCCCACUUACAGAAAGUCCAGUGGCAGAGACAGUUGUUCCACUUACUGAUGGUACUGUGGCAGAGACAGUUGUUCCACUUACUGAUGGUACUGUGGCAGAAACAGUUGUCCCACUUACUGAUGGUACUGUGGCAGAAACAGUUGUCCCACUUACAGAUGGUACUGUGGCAGAAACAGUUGUUCCACUUACAGAUGGUCCACUGACAGAGACAGUUGUUCCACUAACAGAUGGUACUGUGGCAGAUAAAGUUGUCCCACUUACUGAUGGUCCUGUGGCAGAUACAGUUGUUCCACCUUCUGAUGGUACUGUGGCAGAUACAGUUGUUCUACUUACAGAUGGUCCAGUGGCAGAGACAGUUGUUCCACUUACAGAUGGUCCAGUGACAGAGACAGUUGUUCCACUUACUGAUGGUACUGUGGCAGAGACAGUUGUACCACUUACAGAUGGUCCAGUGGCAGAGACAGUUGUUUCACCUACUGAUGGUACUGUACCAGGGACAGUUGUUCCACUAAUGGAUGGAACUGUAGCAGAAACAGUUGUACCACUUACAGAUGGUCCUGUGGCAGAAACAGUUGUUCCACUUACUGAUGGUACUGUGGCAGAUAAAGUUGUCCCACUUACUGAUGGUACUGAAGCAGAUACAGUUGUUACACCUACAGAUGGUCCAGUGGCAGAGACAGUUGUUCCACCUACUGAUGGUACUGUGGCAGAUACAGUUGUUCCACUUACUGAUGGUACUGUGGCAGAUACAGUUGUUCCACUUACUGAUGGAACUGUGGCAGAGACAGUUGUCCCACUUACUGAUGGUACUGUGGCAGAAACAGUUGUCCCACUUACAGAUGGUACUGUGGCAGAAACAGUUGUUCCACUUACAGAUGGUCCACUGACAGAGACAGUUGUUCCACUAACAGAUGGUCCAGUGACAGAGGCAGUUGUUCCACUUACAGAUGGUCCUGUGGCAGAUACAGUUGUUCCACCUACUGAUGGUACUGUGGCAGAUACAGUUGUUCCACUUACAGAUGGUCCAGUGGCAGAGACAGUUGUUCCACCUACUGAUGGUACUGUGGCAGAUACAGUUGUUCCACUUACUGAUGGUACUGUGGCAGAUACAGUUGUUCCACUAACAGAUGGUACUGUGGCAGAAACUGUUGUUCCACUAACAGAUGGUCCUGUGGCAGAAACAGUUGUACCACUUACAGAUGGUCCAGUGGCAGAGACAGUGGUUCCACCUACUGAUGGUACUGUGGCAGAUACAGUUGUUCCACUUACUGAUGGUACUGUGGCAGAGACAGUAGUUCCACUUACUGAUGGUACUGUGGCAGAUACAGUUGUUCCACUAAAAGAUGGUCCUGUGGCAGAAACCGUUGUUCCACUAACAGAGGGUCCUGUGGCAGAAACAGUUGUUCCACCUACUGAUGGUACUGUGGCAGAUACAGUUGUUCCACUUACUGAUGGUAAUGUGGCAGAGACAGUUGUUCCACUUACUGAUGGUACUGUGGCAGAUACAGUUGUUCCACUGACAGAUGGGCCUGUGGCAGAGACAGUUGUUCCACUAACAGAUGGUCCUGUGGCAGAAACCGUUGUUCCACUAACAGAUGGUACUGUAGCAGAAACAGUUGUACCACUUACUGAUGGUCCAGUGGCAGAGACAGUUGUUCCACUUACUGAUGGUACUGUGGCAGAUACAGCUGUUCCAGUAACAGAUGGUACUGUGGCAGAAACAGUUGUUCCGCUAACCGAUGGUCCUGUGGCAGAGACAGUUGUACCACUUACAGAUGGUCCAGUGGCAAGAACAGUUGUCCCACUCACAGAUGGUACUGUAGCAGAAACAGUUGUUCCAAUUACUGAUGGUACUGUGGCAGAAACAGUUGUCCCACUUACUGAUGGUACUGUGGCAGAAACAGUUGUCCCACUUACAGAUGGUACUGUGGUAGAAACAGUUGUUCCACUUACAGAUGGUCCACUGACAGAGACAGUUGUUCCACUAACAGAUGGUCCAGUGACAGAGGCAGUUGUUCCACUUACAGAUGGUCCAGUGACAGAGACAGUUGUUCCACUUACUGAUGGUACUGUGGCAGAUACAGUUGUUCCACUAACAGAUGGUCCUGUGGCAGAAACCGUUGUUCCACUAACAGAGGGUCCAGUGGCAGAAACAGUUGUACCACUUACAGAUGGUCCAGUGGUAGAGACAGUUGUUCCACCUACUGAUGGUACUGUGGCAGAUACAGUUGUUCCACUUACUGAUGGCAAUGUGGCAGAGACAGUUGUUCCACUUACUGAUGGUACUGUGGCAGAUACAGUUGUUCCACUAACAGAUGGUCCUGUGGCAGAAACCGUUGUUCCACUAACAGAUGGUACUGUAGCAGAAACAGUUGUACCACUUACUGAUGGUCCAGUGGCAGAGACAGUUGUUCCACUUACUGAUGGUACUGUGGCAGAUACAGCUGUUCCACUAACAGAUGGUACUGUGGCAGAAACAGUUGUUCCGCUAACCGAUGGUCCUGUGGCAGAGACAGUUGUACCUACAGAUGGUCCAGUGGCAGAGACAAUUGUUCCACUUACUGAUGGUCCUGUUGCAGAUACAGUUGUUCCACUAACAGAUGGAACUGUAGCAGAAACAGUUGUCCCACUUACAGAAGGUCCAGUGGCAGAGACAGUUGUUCCACUUACUGAUGGUACUGUGGCAGAGACAGUUGAUCCACUUACUGAUGGUACUGUGGCAGAGACAGUUGUCCCACUUACUGAUGGUACUGUGGCAGAAACAGUAGUCCCACUUACAGAUGGUACUGUGGCAGAAACAGUUGUUCCACUUACAGAUGGUCCACUGACAGAGACAGUUGUUCCACUAACAGAUGGUCCAGUGACAGAGGCAGUUGUUCCACUUACAGAUGGUCCUGUGGCAGAUACAGUUGUUCCACCUACUGAUGGUACUGUGGCAGAUACAGUUGUUCCACUUACAGAUGGUCCAGUGGCAGAGACAGUUGUUCCACCUACUGAUGGUACUGUGGCAGAUACAGUUGUUCCACUUACUGAUGGUACUGUGGCAGAUACAGUUGUUCCACUUACUGAUGGUACUGUUGCAGAGACAGUUGUUCCACUUACUGAUGGUACUGUGGCAGAUACAGUUGUUCCACUAACAGAUGGUACUGUGGCAGAAACCGUUGUUCCACUAACAGAUGGUCCUGUGGCAGAAACAGUUGUACCACUUACAGAUGGUCCAGUGGCAGAGACAGUGGUUCCACCUACUGAUGGUACUGUGGCAGAUACAGUUGUUCCACUUACUGAUGGUACUGUGGCAGAGACAGUAGUUCCACUUACUGAUGGUACUGUGGCAGAUACAGUUGUUCCACUAAAAGAUGGUCCUGUGGCAGAAACCGUUGUUCCACUAACAGAGGGUCCUGUGGCAGAAACAGUUGUACCACUUACAGAUGGUCCAGUGGUAGAGACAGUUGUUCCACCUACUGAUGGUACUGUGGCAGAUACAGUUGUUCCACUUACUGAUGGUAAUGUGGCAGAGACAGUUGUUCCACUUACUGAUGGUACUGUGGCAGAUACAGUUGUUCCACUGACAGAUGGGCCUGUGGCAGAGACAGUUGUUCCACUAACAGAUGGUCCUGUGGCAGAAACCGUUGUUCCACUAACAGAUGGUACUGUAGCAGAAACAGUUGUACCACUUACUGAUGGUCCAGUGGCAGAGACAGUUGUUCCACUUACUGAUGGUACUGUGGCAGAUACAGCUGUUCCAUUAACAGAUGGUACUGUGGCAGAAACAGUUGUUCCGCUAACCGAUGGUCCUGUGGCAGAGACAGUUGUACCACUUACAGAUGGUCCAGUGGCAAGAACAGUUGUCCCACUCACAGAUGGUACUGUAGCAGAAACAGUUGUUCCAAUUACUGAUGGUACUGUGGCAGAAACAGUUGUCCCACUUACUGAUGGUACUGUGGCAGAAACAGUUGUCCCACUUACAGAUGGUACUGUGGCAGAAACAGUUGUUCCACUUACAGAUGGUCCACUGACAGAGACAGUUGUUCCACUAACAGAUGGUCCAGUGACAGAGGCAGUUGUUCCACUUACAGAUGGUCCAGUGACAGAGACAGUUGUUCCACUUACUGAUGGUACUGUGGCAGAGACAGUUGUUUCACCUACUGAUGGUACUGUGCCAGGGAUAGUUGUUCCACUAACAGAUGGCCCUGUGGCAGAUACAGUUGUUCCACUUACAGAUGGUCCAGUGACAGAGACAGUAGUCCCACUUACAGAAGGUCCUGUGGCAGAAACAGUUGUCCCACUUACAGAUGGUACUGUGGCAGAACCAGUUGUUCCAUUUACAGAUGGUACUGUGGCAGAAACAGUUGUUCCACUUACAGAUGGUCCUGUGACAGAGACAGUUGUUCCACUAACAGAUGGUCCAGUGACAGAGGCAGUUGUUCCACUAACUGAUGGUACUGUGGCAGAAACAGUUGUACCACUAACAGAAGGUCCUGUAGCAGAAACAGUUGUUCCGCUUACAGAUGGUCCACUGACAGAGACAGUUGUCCCACUUACAGAUGGUCCAGUGGCAGAGACAGUUGUUCCACCUACUGAUGGUACUGUGGCAGACAAAGUUGUUCCACUUACUGAUGGUAAUGUGGCAGAGACAGUUGUUCCACUUACUGAUGGUACUGUGGCAGAUACAGUUGUUCCACUGACAGAUGGGCCUGUGGCAGAGACAGUUGUUCCACUAACAGAUGGUCCUGUGGCAGAAACCGUUGUUCCACUAACAGAUGGUACUGUAGCAGAAACAGUUGUACCACUUACUGAUGGUCCAGUGGCAGAGACAGUUGUUCCACUUACUGAUGGUACUGUGGCAGAUACAGCUGUUCCAGUAACAGAUGGUACUGUGGCAGAAACAGUUGUUCCGCUAACCGAUGGUCCUGUGGCAGAGACAGUUGUACCACUUACAGAUGGUCCAGUGGCAAGAACAGUUGUCCCACUCACAGAUGGUACUGUAGCAGAAACAGUUGUUCCAAUUACUGAUGGUACUGUGGCAGAAACAGUUGUCCCACUUACUGAUGGUACUGUGGCAGAAACAGUUGUCCCACUUACAGAUGGUACUGUGGUAGAAACAGUUGUUCCACUUACAGAUGGUCCACUGACAGAGACAGUUGUUCCACUAACAGAUGGUCCAGUGACAGAGGCAGUUGUUCCACUUACAGAUGGUCCAGUGACAGAGACAGUUGUUCCACUUACUGAUGGUACUGUGGCAGAUACAGUUGUUCCACUAACAGAUGGUCCUGUGGCAGAAACCGUUGUUCCACUAACAGAGGGUCCAGUGGCAGAAACAGUUGUACCACUUACAGAUGGUCCAGUGGUAGAGACAGUUGUUCCACCUACUGAUGGUACUGUGGCAGAUACAGUUGUUCCACUUACUGAUGGCAAUGUGGCAGAGACAGUUGUUCCACUUACUGAUGGUACUGUGGCAGAUACAGUUGUUCCACUAACAGAUGGUCCUGUGGCAGAAACCGUUGUUCCACUAACAGAUGGUACUGUAGCAGAAACAGUUGUACCACUUACUGAUGGUCCAGUGGCAGAGACAGUUGUUCCACUUACUGAUGGUACUGUGGCAGAUACAGCUGUUCCACUAACAGAUGGUACUGUGGCAGAAACAGUUGUUCCGCUAACCGAUGGUCCUGUGGCAGAGACAGUUGUACCUACAGAUGGUCCAGUGGCAGAGACAAUUGUUCCACUUACUGAUGGUCCUGUUGCAGAUACAGUUGUUCCACUAACAGAUGGAACUGUAGCAGAAACAGUUGUCCCACUUACAGAAGGUCCAGUGGCAGAGACAGUUGUUCCACUUACUGAUGGUACUGUGGCAGAGACAGUUGAUCCACUUACUGAUGGUACUGUGGCAGAGACAGUUGUCCCACUUACUGAUGGUACUGUGGCAGAAACAGUAGUCCCACUUACAGAUGGUACUGUGGCAGAAACAGUUGUUCCACUUACAGAUGGUCCACUGACAGAGACAGUUGUUCCACUAACAGAUGGUCCAGUGACAGAGGCAGUUGUUCCACUUACAGAUGGUCCUGUGGCAGAUACAGUUGUUCCACCUACUGAUGGUACUGUGGCAGAUACAGUUGUUCCACUUACAGAUGGUCCAGUGGCAGAGACAGUUGUUCCACCUACUGAUGGUACUGUGGCAGAUACAGUUGUUCCACUUACUGAUGGUACUGUGGCAGAUACAGUUGUUCCACUUACUGAUGGUACUGUUGCAGAGACAGUUGUUCCACUUACUGAUGGUACUGUGGCAGAUACAGUUGUUCCACUAACAGAUGGUACUGUGGCAGAAACCGUUGUUCCACUAACAGAUGGUCCUGUGGCAGAAACAGUUGUACCACUUACAGAUGGUCCAGUGGCAGAGACAGUGGUUCCACCUACUGAUGGUACUGUGGCAGAUACAGUUGUUCCACUUACUGAUGGUACUGUGGCAGAGACAGUAGUUCCACUUACUGAUGGUACUGUGGCAGAUACAGUUGUUCCACUAAAAGAUGGUCCUGUGGCAGAAACCGUUGUUCCACUAACAGAGGGUCCUGUGGCAGAAACAGUUGUACCACUUACAGAUGGUCCAGUGGUAGAGACAGUUGUUCCACCUACUGAUGGUACUGUGGCAGAUACAGUUGUUCCACUUACUGAUGGUAAUGUGGCAGAGACAGUUGUUCCACUUACUGAUGGUACUGUGGCAGAUACAGUUGUUCCACUGACAGAUGGGCCUGUGGCAGAGACAGUUGUUCCACUAACAGAUGGUCCUGUGGCAGAAACCGUUGUUCCACUAACAGAUGGUACUGUAGCAGAAACAGUUGUACCACUUACUGAUGGUCCAGUGGCAGAGACAGUUGUUCCACUUACUGAUGGUACUGUGGCAGAUACAGCUGUUCCACUAACAGAUGGUACUGUGGCAGAAACAGUUGUUCCGCUAACCGAUGGUCCUGUGGCAGAGACAGUUGUACCACUUACAGAUGGUCCAGUGGCAAGAACAGUUGUCCCACUCACAGAUGGUACUGUAGCAGAAACAGUUGUUCCAAUUACUGAUGGUACUGUGGCAGAAACAGUUGUCCCACUUACUGAUGGUACUGUGGCAGAAACAGUUGUCCCACUUACAGAUGGUACUGUGGCAGAAACAGUUGUUCCACUUACAGAUGGUCCACUGACAGAGACAGUUGUUCCACUAACAGAUGGUCCAGUGACAGAGGCAGUUGUUCCACUUACAGAUGGUCCAGUGACAGAGACAGUUGUUCCACUUACUGAUGGUACUGUGGCAGAGACAGUUGUUUCACCUACUGAUGGUACUGUGCCAGGGAUAGUUGUUCCACUAACAGAUGGCCCUGUGGCAGAUACAGUUGUUCCACUUACAGAUGGUCCAGUGACAGAGACAGUAGUCCCACUUACAGAAGGUCCUGUGGCAGAAACAGUUGUCCCACUUACAGAUGGUACUGUGGCAGAACCAGUUGUUCCACUUACAGAUGGUACUGUGGCAGAAACAGUUGUUCCACUUACAGAUGGUCCUGUGACAGAGACAGUUGUUCCACUAACAGAUGGUCCAGUGACAGAGGCAGUUGUUCCACUAACUGAUGGUACUGUGGCAGAAACAGUUAUGGUCCACUGA